GCCAGACAACUUUGAACUUGAGCUGAAGUACCUCUGAACACCACAAGAAUAGCCAACCAAAUCAAUUAUCUAACAUUUUGCUACCACAUCACCCAAAGCUCCAGCCUUGGCUGGCCUACUAGCUUGGUUUCAAAAGGACAACAGGAAGGAGGUUGCAGCUCUGAUAUGGGUGAACAACUAAAUCUACCUGAAAUGAUCAAAGACUGGAACAAAGAGCACGUGAAACAAUGGGUAACCAAAGACCUUAAGAUUGAGGAAAAAUAUGGACAGAUUCUUUUCCAUGAAGAAGUGACAGGAUUAGUCCUGCAGGAAUCAACUGAGAAGGAUCUUAGAGACAUGGGGCUACCACGGGGCCCAGCACUUCUGAUAAAGCGAGCAUAUGACAAAUUGAGUAACAAUCUCCCUGAAAAUCACAACCACACUUCUGGACAAGUAGAUCAUAGAAAACCCUGCAAAAAAGAACACCAUAAAAAGGUACAAGAGACAAAAAAAGAACAGGGAAAAUCAGUGUCAUCCAAUAGUGAUCAUAAUCUCAGCAAGACCAGAGAUACCAAAGAACAAGAAUCAGUUCUUAUGAAAGAAAAUGCAUUAAAUGAAGUAGCAACCACUGAAGACAGAAAAAAUACUAAGCUAAAACCUGAACAGCUGACUUGCAUGCCACAUCCUUUUGAUCAGCCCCAGAGCAGCCAUCGGUACAUAGAACAUUACCUCCUACCACCUGAAACAGGACCAGGCAAUCUCAUAGACCCCAUUCAUGAGUACAAAGCCCUCACACACACAGACACGGCCACAGAAAAGGACAUUAGGAUGAAAUUUAGCAAUGAAGUCUUCCGAUUCGCAUCAGCUUGUAUGAAUUCACGCACCAAUGGCACCAUCCAUUUUGGGGUCAAGGACAAACCCCAUGGAGAAAUUGUUGGCGUGAAAGUCACCAGUAAAGCUGCCUUCAUUGACCACUUCAAUCAAAUGAUCACAAAAUAUUUUGAAGAUAGUGAAAUCAAUGAAGCCAGGAAGUGCAUUCGGGAGCCAAGGUUUGUGGAAGUCCUCCUGCAGGACAGUACACCAUCUGACAGAUUUGUCAUUGAGGUAGAUGUUAUUCCAAAACACUCUGUAUGUAAAGAAAAGUAUUUCUACAUUAUGAUGCAAACCCAUGAAAAUGAAACAUGGAAACAUAGCGAAGAACUUUCAUUGUUUGUGAGAGAAGGGGCUAGUUCUAAGGAUAUCCGGGCCAAUGUCAAGCGACGGGAUGUGGAAUUCAAAGCAUUUUUUAAAAAGUUAAAGUCACUAGCACUGUCUAGAAAAGAGGCUGAAGAAAAGUAUGAGGCAAAGGCAAAUAAGAAGGAGAGUGAAGGACAAAAGCUGGUUAAACUUCUCAUAGGAAACCGAGAGUCACUGGAUAAUUCAUACUACAACUGGUAUAUUCUCGUAACAAAUAAAUGCCAUCCAAACCAAACAAAGAACUUAGAUUUCCUAAGGGAAAUUAAAUGGUUUGCUGUAUUGGACUUUGAUCCUGAAUCUGAGUGCAAGGGGGUGGCCAAAGCUUACCAAAAAAGCCGGGUGGCAAAUCUUCACUUUCCAAGUCAAUAUGAGGAAAAGACAGCGACCAUAAUGGAGAAAAAAUCUCGCCUGAAUCUUUAUGAUCAGCCCAGCUGGAUCUUCUGCAAUGGCAGAUCAGACUUGAAAGAAGAGAGGUUUAAGCCUCUAGAACCACAUUUAUGGCAGAAAGAAAGAGCUUCUGGAGUCAGGCAACUGAUUUUAUUUCUCACAGACGAAAAUGUCAUGACAAAAGGGAAAUUUCUGGUAGUGUUUCUAUUGCUCUCUCCAGUGCAAAGCCCAGGAGACCCACUCCUUGAAACCUUCUCUGCUUUCUACCAAGCUCUCAAAGGAAUGGAAAGUAUAUUGUGUAUCUGUGUAAACUCACAGAUUCAUCAACGAUGGAAAGAUCUACUACAAGCCAGGUUGACAAUUGUGGAUGAAUUAGCAGACCACAGUGUUUCCACUUUAAAUUUAGAAUUGAUAAACAGUACUAUCCUUAAACUGAAACCAGUCACUCAGUCAUCAAGACGGUUCCUGCCAUCCUGUGGAUCUUCUUCCAUUAUCUUAGACAAAAAAGUAGAGGAUAUUUUGACCACACUGGAAAUUCUCUGUGAAAAUGAGUGUAAAGACACAGAUAUCGAGAAAAACAAAUCUAAGUUCCAAGAAUUUAAGAAAACAAAAGAAGAGCACUUUUAUCGAGGUGGCAAAGUGUCCUGGUGGAACUUCUAUUUUUCUUCUGAAAAUUAUUCCUCAGCUUUUGUCAAAAGAGAUAAUUAUGAAAACCUUAAAGAUCUGAUACAGCGUCAGGCAGAGUCUCCUAAACCAUUAUUUGUAAAAAUUAUCAGUCUUUACCAUCAUCCAGGCUGUGGGGGUACUACAUUGGCCAUGAAUGUCCUCUGGGACCUAAAGAAAAAGUUCAGGUGUGCCAUGUUAAAAAACAAAGGAACUGAUUUUGCCGAAACUGCAGAACAAGUGUUCAAGUUGAUUACCUACAAGGCUACCAGCCCUCAGGACUACAUUCCUGUACUUCUCCUGGUGGAUGACUUUGAAGAACAGGAAAAUGUCUGCAUUCUACAGGAUAGGAUCCAUUCCAUUUUGGUGGCAAAUGGCUUGAGAUAUGAAAAAACAUUGGUAAUUAUCUUAAACUGCAUGAGAUCCCAGAAUCCUGAUCAAAGUGCAAAACUAGCAGACAGUAUUGCACUAAAACACCAGCUUUCUGCCAAGGAACAAAGAGCUUUUGAGGCCAAACUGGAGGAAAUUGAAAAGCAACAUAAGAACUGUGAAAACUUUUAUUCCUUCAUGAUCAUGAAAGAAAAUUUUGAUAAAUCAUACGUAGAAAAUGUAGUCAAGAAUAUCCUAAAAGGACAGAAUAUCAACAGCAAGGAAGCACAACUCAUUUCUUUCUUGGCUCUACUCAACUCUUAUGUUACUGAUUUUACAAUUUCAGUGUCACACUGUGAAACAUUUUUGGGAAUCACAUGCACUCGUACUCCCUGGAAACCUGAAAGCAUAGAGGACAAGAUGGGAACCUAUUCGACACUUCUAAUCAACACAGAAGUUGCUGAAUAUUGCGGAUAUGCAGGUGUGCGCAUCAUUCACCCUCUGGUUGCCAGUUGUUGUCUCAAAGAGCUGGAAAGCAGCUACCACUUGGAUAAGUGUCAAAUUGCAUUGAUGUUAUUGAGAGAGAAUUUAUUCUAUGAUUCUGGAAUAGGAAAAGAUAAAUUCCAACAUUAUGUGCAAACCCUUCUGCUUACAAGACAGCGCAAAGAGUAUGGAGAUGAAACAGACACUUUGUUUUCUCCACUAAUUGAAGCUUUAGAGAAUGAUGAUGUUGAAAAGGUCUUGAAACAAGGAAGUGUUCGCUUCCCACGGAAUGCAUUCAUUUGUCAGGCCUUAGCAAGACAUUUCUACAUUAAAGAAAAAGACUUUGACACUGCUCUCUACUGGGCAAAUGAGGCCAGGAAUAAAGCCCCUAAAAAUUCCUAUAUCUCAGAUACACUUGGCCAGGUGUACAAAAGUAAAAUCAAAUGGUGGUUGGAUGAAAACAAAAACUGCAGGGAUAUCACUGUUAAUGAUCUAACACAUUUCCUGGAAGCUGCUGAAAAUGCAGCAAGAGCUUUCAAAAAAUCCCAGGAGCAAACUGAUAGGAAAGACUAUGAAACAGAGACCUGGUACCCACAGAAGUCCCAAAGAAAAUAUGACAUGUACAAUACAGCUGGUUUCUUGGGUGAAGUAGAAGUUGGUCUUUACACUAUUCAGAUUCUUCAGCUCACUCCCUGUUUCCACAAAGAAGAAGAAUCAUCUAAAAAAGCUAUGGCAGAAUUUUUAUCAGGAAAGGGGAAUAUUCCUACAGAUCCAAGAAAUGAAUAUUAUUUGGCUCUUAACAAUUUCACAUCCUACUUAAAGAACUUGCAGUCAGAUAUGAAAAAGUGCUUUGACUUUUUUACAGAUUAUUUGGUUCUUUUAAAAACAAGGAAUAUGCUAAAAGAAACAGUAGAAAUCUUAUUAAGCAAGAAAAUCAGUUAUUGUUUCAGUAAAUACGUGGAACAUUUCUGCCCUUUGGAUUUGGGUUCAUUACAAAGCAAAGAGUGUCAGUUACUCCAAGAGGAGAAUUGUAGGAAAAGUCUAGAAGCUUUGAGAGCAGAUAAGUUUUCUGGACUUCUAGAAUAUCUUAACCCUAAUCACAAAGAUGCUGCAACCACUAUGGAAAAUGUAGUGAACCAGUACACUUUCCUCUUUCAGCAAAAUCCACAUAAACGGCUAGCAAAGGAGAAACAAAAUUUCAUUUUGGCCAACAUUAUUCUCAACUGUUUAAAACCCAACUCCAAGUCCAUUCAGCCACUUAACAUACUUAAAAAACAGCUCCGAGAAGUGUUACAAUUGGUAGAACUAAGUCAUCCAUAUCCAGACCCUUAUUUCUUGGCCUGCCUGCUGUUCUGGCCAGAAAAUGAAGAGGUAGAUGAAGAUACCAACCUAAUGGAAAAGUAUGUUUCAUCCUUAAACAGAUCCUUCAAUAGACAGUACAGGAGAAUGUGCAGGUCCAAGCAGGCAAGCACACUUUUCUACCUGGGGAAGAGGAAGGGGCUCAACAGUCUUGUUCACAAGGCAGAGAUAGAGCAGCACUUCAGUAAAGUACAAAAUAUAAAUUCCUUCUGGCAGAGUGGAGAUGUGUGGAAAAAAGAGGAAGUCAAAGACCUCCUGCGUCGUCUCACUGGUCUGGCUGAAGGCAAGAAAAUCUCUAUUGAAUAUGGAACAGAGAAAAAAAUAAAAAUACCAGUAACAUCUGUUUAUUCAGGUCCACUCAGAAGUGGUGGCAACAUAGAAAGAGUGUCCUUCUACCUGGGCUUUUCCAUUGAAGGCCCUCUAGCAUAUGACAUAGAAGUUAUAUAAGAUAUACUAGCUCAAAUGUUUUUAUUCAUAUUUCUCUGAUCUUAUUUCCUAUAUUCCCAUGGCACUGUGAUGACAUUAUUGGGUUACCUCUGUCACAUAUUUUGGGUUUAUCUCCCCAAAUAAAAUAUAAGCCUAGGUAGGGCAUGAAACAUGUCUACACAUCAGGGUUUGGCACACAGUGGAGUCAACUUUCAAUGUUUUAAAGAUGUGCUUUCAGAAUAACAUUUAAUUAAGAGGUUUCAAUUCAUAUCCACUGGUCACAUCAUUACUGGUUAUAGGUCAAUAACAUCUAUUUUAAUUCUAUCACUCCCAUGAACUUUCUGAAUCAUGAAUUAUUUCAUCACUGUGAAAGCAGAGAUGUAAGAUGAACAUGGGAGAGAAAGCCCUGUUAGCCUACCGAACUCCGGCACAGAGCUCCACACAGAGCGCCAUUUCCCUCACCUUGGUGUCCACGAACGUGUAUUAUGUGGAAGGUAACUGUUUUGUUCCCAUCCUCCAUGUAGCCCUCUACACACACACACACAUGCCUAUUUCCUUGUACCUCUUGCCCUUCUCUCAAUUCCUCGCUUUGUGUUGGAAGGGGAGAGAAGACAACCAAGUAGUCACAAGCCUGAGCUCCGUCCAUCCUCUUCUCCCAUUUACAAAUGAAGCUGUUUUUCUGUCCAUCCUUGCCACCUGUCAACACAGGUGGCAAGUUCCCCCUGUUCUUUGGGUUCCAUCUCUCUGGCUUUUUUCAUUUGCUACCCAAUUUACUCUCUUUACUUCUCAACCUGUGCUUUGUGAAUGCUGUUCUCUCUCUCAAAUAUCCCCUUAUUUUCAUGCAUUUUCAGUAUACGGCUAUUCUGAUUUCUCCAUCGCAACUCAGUUCGAGUAACCAACCACCAGGAAGUCUUCCCUGCCACGUAACCCCUGCCUGAUUAGAUGACUUCCUUGUGACAAUGUGUGCUCCAAACUUGCCAGCACGAGGAAUGCCAUCCCAGAACCUUGUUCUUAGACUUUCCCCAGGCAGAAGGGCGUGGAACAGCAUUCUAGGGCUUGGAUUUCGGGAGGUAUCUAUUGCCUAUGAAGUGAAACACAUGCUAACAUAAAUUGAAUAUUAAUUAAAUACAUACUUAUUUAUCCACUAUUUUACAUAUCCAUACAAUGUAACUUAGAAAUUCCAGGCUUCAAACCCAAUUCCUUUUGUCAUCCAGAUGGCUAUUUCCUAGCAGGGUUCCUCUCACCAGUUUCUCUGAACCUCUGGGCAAUACUGACGUGGUCCACAAACACGUCCCUGUUGCUAGAAGCCACAUCAGCUGCUGAUCCUGCUUCAAAUUUCUGCUUCCCUCUUCUGCAAUCACCUGACAUCUGGUAGCAGGCUCUCCCAAGUGGCUUCACUUCCCCAAAUCCUCACAGGCCAGUCCCUUAACCCUUCAUAACUCAGUUAAAUCCAGGCUAUAGUACUCAGCAACACUUAGCUAAAGGCUUGACAUAAGAGGAAACAAAGUUAUAAGAGAAGGAAGAAAAACUGUUAUAUGUUCCUGUUAUCCAUGACUUCCCUCUGAGUUUACAGGCCCAGCUCCCAUACACGGUUUAUCAACCGGGCCUCCCUCUCCUCAGCCCCCUUUCAACAGCCAUGAUAUAGGACGGUCCUGGCUCAACUAUCCUAGAUGAGACAACCCCUAAACGGGAAUCCUUCACUCACAGACUAGGGUGCCAACCCUCCAAGGGCCCCAGAAAGAACUAUGCUUCUUCUGAAGAGGAAUAUAAACUACAGGGAUGUCACCCCACCCACACUGAGGACAAGGUUCUACAUCAUUAUCCAGAGAAGUUCAACUCCCCAUUUCAGAAGGUACUUUGGGCUUCACUCUUCUAGAAUCAAAGAGCCCAUUAAAGUGCUUAAAAAAAAAAAACAAAAACAAAUGCCAUGUUAGGCAGGAUAGAUAGCAAACCAAGGCAGAGAGGCAGGGAGAUAUAUCUCACUCAUCGACUCUGCAGCCCUCAGCCUGGUCAGCUAAGACUGCCUGCUGUUCUGAAAAACCAUGAUCAUGCAGGAGGAGGGGAGCUCUUGAAAUUCUGCAUGUCAUUUCCACUAUCUGGGAAAGGAAGCCUUUGAAACUGUAUAUUAAUCCCAAGGUCUGGAGAGGGAAGGAGGAGGGGGAACCUAGAAGCUGCUUACAAGCAUAAAAGCCCUAAAACUCCAAUAGUUGGGGAAAUCAGGCUAGCUAGGUGCCCUCUUGAAGCUUCUUGCUCAAGUGUGUUCAUAAAUAAACUUGCUAUCUCAUUUCCACUAUAUGUAUUGUCUCUUGCCUGAACUCAUCUCAUGCAAGCUGAGACAAAAACCAAGGAGGGGAGGACCCUAACUCACCCCGCCACCCAGCCCCACCCCCACCCCAGUAAUACCUAGUCUUUUUUCAAAGGCGAACUUGUGUACUACCUACAGGAAAACUUCACCUUCAAUUCCAGUUCAUCCCAUUUUCACCAUUUGUAUUUCAAAACUAUUGGCA